AUUGUAAAUUGGCGCUAUUCAUUUUUGUUUUUGUGAUGCUAAUUAUCAUCAAUCAUAUAAGCUUCAUAAUUAUUUGAAUUCAAACAAAUUCUACUUAUUGUUUUGAUUUUGUGGACCGAAAACCGUGAACAUAAUCAACACUAAAUGGCUGUCAAAGUUCUCAACAAUCUCCAAGAAUGUUGUGAUAAUUUAAGGAAAAAUUUAAUCGAUUCUAAUUAUAAAUUCGAUGCUGUAUUUCGUGCAAUAUAUGAUCCUAAUGAUAACAACAAUGGACAAGAUGAAACACUACAAAAGGAUAAAACCUCCAAAUUCGAUCAACCGAAUGAGCCGAUAAAAAAUCAAAAACAGAAACAGAAAUAGUUAUUUCGUCAAACAUGAAAGAACCAUCCAAAACAUAUCAACAUGGUCCAAAGUUACCGAUUCAACAUUUUGAUGAUGAUUAUAACAUGGAACAUUUCCAUCGAGUAACAUUUGAACCAAAACAAAAACCCUCAACUAACAUCAAUGAUGAUUCAUUUGUGAUUAAUAAAACUUUGAAUGAUAAUUCAUCAGCCUUUCGUGAUAGUGACUUAGCUGAUGAUUUUAUGGCCAUAAUUGAAACUCCUUUAACAUCUACAGUCAUGACCAACAAAAAGCGAUCAGGAUUUGUAAUCAAUAUCAGUGAUGAUGAGGAAAGUCAACUAGUUGAAUAUAAACAGAACAAAGAAAAUAUCCAAAAUCGAUUAUCUCCUAUCAAAUCAAAUUAUCAUGAAACGAUAACUGAUCAAAAGAUUCUUUGUUCCAAUCCGGAAUUCGUAACGAAUAUGUUUGGAAUUUGUCAGAAAUUGAUGGAAUAUGAAAGUUCAGUUCAAAAUAUUCCUACAGAGUUGAAAUUAUCAUUGCGUAAGCAUCGAGAUUUCUUAAACAAUCAUACAAAAAGAUUAAAAACAGAACAAAAAUCGGUAAACAAACUUCAAGACUGUGAAAUUUUAAAUGUUGAUCCUGUUUUUAAAGAGAAUUUUAAUAAUUAUUCAAAAGUCACGCCGAUAAUCAAUGACAUCAAUAAUGAUGAUGAUGAUUGUUGGCCUCGGACAUCCAAACGAUUGGACACUAAAUGUACUCCUGUUAAAUUUUGUUCCAAUAUAGCAUCUUCAUUGCUAACAGUUCAAUCAAUACAAGUGGAUGAAUCUAACUUUCGAAAUGAUCAAAUACAUUCAGUUAAUUCUCAAGAUUCAUGUGAAAUUAUCCCAAUACCAGAGCCAUUACCAGUUAGAAGAACAGCUCAGAUUACAAAAUCUGAUUUUGGUCAAACAACAACAACACAAAAUAGCGAUAAUGAAAUUGGUGUGAGCGAUUUGAGUGAUUGGGAAGAUUGUUAUGAAGGCUUACCGGAUUCGAAUGGACAAUGUGAAUCAAUAAUCGCGAUGACGCCAUCACUGCCAAAUACUCAAAAUAUUUCAGGAUCAUGUGGAACUGUUCUGAAUGCAGCACUACGUGCUGAAACAAGUUUUGUUCAAAUUGAUUUAAAUCGCUCUAUAGGUCAUUGUGGAGAAAACGAAAUCGGCGAAGAACUUUCUAUGAAAUCGAAAAAUGAUCGAUUUUUUGGACUCUAUCAAAAUGAUGGAAAUGAACAGUUGUUAAAAUCCAAGAAUUUGCCACAUUCAGAACAAAUGUUGAAAAUUUUUCAUCAAGUUUUUGGUCUUUAUGAAUUCCGAACAAAUCAGUUAGAAGCUAUCAACGCUGCUUUGUUAAAAUUUGAUGUUUUCAUAUUGAUGCCAACCGGUGGUGGUAAAUCUCUCUGCUAUCAGCUGCCGGCUUUGGUUUCCGAUGGAAUUACUAUUGUCGUAUCACCAUUGAAAAGUUUGAUCCUGGAUCAAACAUCAAAAAUGAACGAACGAUUUCCUGGAUCGGCUGCUUCUCUAACUGGUGAUGUCGAUACCGGAACUGUAUCAGAAAUAUAUGCUGAUCUUAAAUCGAAAGAAGGACGAACCAAGUUAUUGUAUGUAACACCGGAAAAAUUAUCCGCAUCAGAUCGUUUAAUGUCUAUGCUAAAAAAUCUUUAUCAACAAAAAAAAUUAUCACGGUUUGUUAUCGACGAAGCCCAUUGUGUUUCACAAUGGGGUCACGAUUUUCGUCCUGAUUAUAAACGCCUUUCGGAACUUCGACGCCCCUUUCCGAAUGUACCAUUCAUGGCAUUAACUGCGACUGCAACCCAAAAGGUACGACUUGAUAUAGCACAACAACUUCAUUUACGAGAAGCCAAAUGGUUCAUGCAAUCAUUUAAUCGUGCUAAUCUCAAAUUCGAAGUACGAGCAAAAACUAAUAAAUGUAUUGAAGAAAUAACUCAACUAUUGAACUCAGAUUUUCGUAAUCAAACUGGAAUCAUUUAUUGCUUAUCACGUAAUGAUUGUGAUACUUUAGCAGAAAAACUUAAACAAUUUAAAUGUGUUUCCUAUCAUGCUGGUCUUUCCGAUGUUUCUCGUAAACAGGUUCAAAAUGAUUGGAUUACAGGAAAAUUCAAUGUCGUCGUCGCCACUAUUGCUUUCGGGAUGGGGAUCGAUAAAGCUGAUUGUCGUUUUGUUAUACAUUAUUCAUUGCCCAAAUCAAUCGAAGGUUACUAUCAAGAAGUUGGUCGUGCUGGACGCGAUGGCCAACUAGCUCUUUGUAUUCUCUAUUAUACACCAUUAGAUUUUAAUCGAUGGAAAAAAUUACUUACGAAAACGACAAAGCAAAAACCCAUGCUAAAAAUGGCAAUGUCUUAUUUAUAUGAUGUGCAAAUGUUUUGUCUGAAUAAAGCCGAAUGCCGUCGUAAACAAUUGCUCAAAUAUUUUGGCCAACAAUAUGAUGAUCGUUACUGUGUAGCGAAUAUUGAAUCUGUAUGUGAUAAUUGUUUGGUAAAAGAUAAUUUUCAAUCCGAAGAUUUUACACAAAACGUUCGGACCAUACUUGAAUCUAUCCGAUUAUUAGUAGGGUCAUAUAAUCAAGAACGAAAUGACAAUAUUUCACCCACGCAAUUGACCAAUAUUUUAUGCGGAAGUUCAGCCAGUGAUAAAUUCGCACCAGAUAAACAUCGACGUUCUGCCAUGUAUGCAUUGCUCAAAGAUCUCACUCGAACCGAUGUACAACGAUUGGUACAAAAUUUGAUUGCAAAAAAAUUUCUUGCCGAAGAUACUUUUGUCAACCGAAAGUGUUUUUUCGCCAGCUCUAGCUACGUUCGACUUGGUGAACGCUCUUCCGAUAUAUUAGAACGUAAUCAUCAAUAUAUAUUCAAUGUAACAAAACGUCGUACACAGAAAAAAAAUAGUGCCAAAACCCCAACAAUGAAAAAAUCCACAACGGCUCGUAAACGUAGUAUCUUCGAUGAAAAUGAUCUCGAUUCUCGCCGUCAGGAAGGAAAUGAUUAUGGCGACCUGGACUUUAUCGAUACUAACCCUUCUUCUUGUUUAGAUGCAAAUGAUUCCAUAAAUAAUUUUAUCGUUCCAGAUGAUUAUCCUAUUGAUGAUGAUAAUCACAUACAAUCAACCACCACUUCAAGUCGUGGUGGUAGUACCGCAGCCAAAAGAAAACGUAAUACAGCUGGAACAUCGAAAACAACUAGAAAACCAAAUAGUAACAAACAACAGAAAAAAAUGUCAAAAUAUUUUAACAAAGCAUCAAGAAUAAAAAGUACAAAUAAUUCCACACGAAAUUAUUCAACGCCAACGGAUGUAGAUGGAUAUUUUACAAUUCCAGGUUAAUAUUUUUUAUUACUUUAGCCGUUGAUACCAUCA